GGGAGGCUUGCGAAAAUUUUACCCUAUGUUAUUGGGAAUAACAUCUUUGCAAUGUUAUGCGUUUGUCAGAGGAUUGUAGGGCUGUGCAUGUUUGAGUGUAUGAGUGCGUGUGUCAUAUUUUAAAAACUAAAGCUAUAGUACUGCAUUUUCGUAAGAGAUAUGGGCAAAAGAAAGAACCAAGUUUUAAUAGAUUCGGAGAGUGGAGAAAGCGACGGCAGUGAGUCUGAUCUGGAUUCGGAAUUAUUGUCUUUGUCCAAGAAGAAAAAAGCAAAACAUCAAGAUGAUGGUGCUGAGAAUAAUGUGACUAAGAAGGAGAAUGCAUUCAGUGAUUCUGAUACUUCGGACUCUGAUGAUGACUGGGAUGCAAGGGGAAAUAAUAAAAAGAAGAAGAAACCAAAACCUGCAAAGAGGACAGGAAAGAGGACUGUCACAAAAUCAUCUUCGGGCAGUGAUAGUGAGAGUGAGAAGGAAAAGAGUUCAGAACCUGAAGAAGGUGAGGUUUCGGACUCUGAAGGAAGUGACAGUGACAGCUCAGAUCUGAGUCAGGAAGAGUUCAAUGAUGGCUAUGAUGAGAACCUGAUGGGUGAUGAGGAAGACCAAGCUCGACUUGCCCAGAUGACAGAGAAAGAGAGGGAGCAAGAAAUAUUCAAGAGAAUUGAACAAAGAGAAGUAAUGAAGACAAGAUUUGAGAUAGAAAAGAAGCUGCGACUAGCAAAAAAGCAGGAAAUGAAGAAAAAGAAAGAUCAAGGAAAGAAGAAAGAGGAAAAGAUUGAUGUGAAAGAAAGGUGUAAGGAGAGAAAGAAAACUGUUGAAGAAAAUAGAGGCAAAGUUGACAGGAAAGUGCAUGCAAUGAAUUUGCUAAAAGCACGCCGUGAGGAGAAAAGAGAAAGAGAGGAGAAGGAGAAGCAGCAACGUAUUGAGCAGGAAAAGAGGAAAGAAGAGGAGAAAGAAGUUACUGAAGAGCAGGAAGAGGAUGGCGAACAACCCGAGGAAAAAUCCAGUAGCUCUAAAACCAAGCUAAAAGCCUCUGAAGUGUACACUGAUGACAGUGGGUCAGACAGUGAGAAGUCUGAGAAGGAAGAAACUCAAAGGAGAAGCAGGAGUAGUAGUAGCAGCUCUCGGAGCAGUAGUGACUCGGAAUCUGACAAGAAGUCAGUAUCCAGUACAAAAACGAAGAAAGUUAACUUUGUAACCAAAAAAGAAGACUUAAGUAAAAUAAGGUUAUCUAGGCAUAAGAUGGAGAGAUUUGUCCAUUUACCCUUCUUCACUAGAGUAGUAACUGGAUGUUUUGUUAGGAUAGGAAUUGGAAAUAAUAAUGGCAAACCAGUGUACAGAGUUUGUGAAGUUAGUGGUGUGUGCGAAACCGGGAAAGUAUACCAGCUGGGUAACACGCGUACCAACAAGGGCCUUAAGUUAAGGCAUGGUAUACAAGAGCGAGUGUUUCGUUUGGAAUUUGUGAGCAAUCAGGAUUUUACCGAUAGUGAGUUUAACAAAUGGAGAGAGACAUGUGCCUUACAAGGUGUAUCUCUGCCUACUCAGGAGGACCUUGAACAAAAACUGAAAGAUAUAAAGGAAGCAAUGAUUUAUGAAUUUAAAGAAGAAGAUAUAGAAAAAAUUAUUCGUGAAAAAGAAAGGUUUAAGACAAAUGUUUAUAAUUAUGCAAUGAAGAAAACUCAGUUGAUGAAAGAGCGAGAUAUGGCUGCUGGGAGGGGUGAUGAAGAGGAGGCAGCAAGGAUUCAGCAGAAACUCCAAGAGUUGGAAGAAAGAGCUGAAGAACUUGACAAAUUACGAACAUCGACUAUUUCCAGUAUUAGUUAUAUCAAUGAUCGUAACCGCAAGAAAAAUGUUGAAGAAGCAGAGAAGGCCAUAAUGGAAGAAGUUAGAGCCAAUAAAGGAAAAGUUAUAGAAGACCCUUUCACACGACGCCAUACAAAGCCUCGCAUGGUCUUCAAAGUUCAGGGUCAACAAGAUGAACCACCACCUGAAAAACUUCCAGCACCAACUGAGAAGAAGAUUCAAGAAGCAGAACAGUCUCCUAUAUCAGAGGCACCUGCCAAUAAGGAAAAGGAAAAGUCACCUGAGAAGAAAAAGGAAAGUUCAAAACUUUCAAAGACUGAUGACCUGUUCUCUGCCCAUGACUUUGACAUCAAGAUUGAUCUUGAGGUCCCUCUUCAUAGCAACCCAGUUAGUGUUACUCCUAAACCAAUGACAAUGGUAAAGGACACUGGGCCUAAGCGAUCUCUUAACUUGGAAGACUACAAGAAAAAACGAGGACUGAUUUGAGAGCAAAUGUACUUAACUGCAGUAAUUGUUGCUGCAAUUUAUAUUGUGCACGUCUGUUGUACAGUUUUUCACCUUUCUGUAUUUCCUUGUACGGAACAUAUGGUCUCUGCAUUUGAGAGCCAAGUGUCUAAACUCAAAUGUAUUUAACAGUGAUUUUUUCCAGGAUCCUGUCUAGUAGGUGUUAGACAUUUCACUGUGUGUAUGUGAACAAAACCUGUGACUUGAAAGUUUUCUUAAGUGAAUGGACAAGUUAUUUAUGUUGUCUAGCUAUGCUUACAGUCAGAGCUAUGGCGCUGCAAAAAUAACGAAUAAAUAUGCUGCUAAUACACCACAUUAAAAAGUGUGAUAUUUGUAUUGAAGAAUAUUUUUUAAAAUUGACAUUUUGUGUGUAAUGUAAACUUUAGGACACAAAGUACAAAAAUCAAAAAGUUUGCCAUUGGGGAAGCUAUUCCCAAAACUACUAGAGCUGAAACUGCCAUAAUGCAAUAUGUAUUAUUGUUAACUAUUUGAAUGAUUGUGAACCUUUAAUUUUUCAUUAGUAAUUCCUUGUAGUAUAUAUCUAGUGUUAACAUAUUGCAUUGUACAUAACAAAAUGUUUAGCAUAAAAAUAACAAUUUCGUAUAAAAACCAA